AUGGCUUCCAUGGGUGUUCCGGGAAAUAGAAAUCCAUUGGAUGUUGUGAACAAUGAUCCUUAUUGUUUAAAAAUUCAUGGGCAAUAUCAUCACUUGACCUCGACGGCAAUGCGCCCAGCGGAUGGAAAAGAUCCUCAACAUGAUCAAAGAAGAUACAAUGCUCCACAAGCUAAUGAAAUAGCUGUGGUCUUUCAGAAUGUAGAUGAACUUAAAUCAAAUAAUCCUAAAUAUCCAGGAUUUAAGAUAAGUCAAAUGGAUUAUUAUGCUCAUUUGCUGGCACCAAGAGUCGAAUUUAGCCAAUUUAAAAGGGCAGGAAAAUUGAGAUGUCAAUUUAUACUUGAUGCAUAUAUGAAAACUGAAGCCAAUAGACUUAAUUAUAUUAAAUUGAAUCAACUUCAAUUAAGAGCUGAACUUUAUCCCGGAUUAAUGGAUCAUCUUGAUAAUCGAGCACAAAAUGAAGGAAUUACAGUUGGUAUACCUGUAAUAUUACCAUCUUUAUUUAUGGGCAGUCCAAGGAACAUGCAAGAAAGAUACCAAGAUGCUAUGUCUUUGGUCAGAAAGUUUGGUAAACCAGACAUUUUUCUUACCAUGACUUGCAAUCCUCAAUGUCCAGAAAUUAAGAAUAACCUUGAUGGAUGUCUAAUAGAGUUUCAACCUGAUUUAGUUGCUAAAACAUUUAACUUGGAUGUUAAAGAAGUUUUAAAGGAUUUAAUCCAAAAUAAAAUUUUUGGAAAUAUUAUAGCUUAUGCAGGCGUGAUUGAGUUUCAAAAAAGAGGGCUUCCACAUUUGCAUUUAUUUGCAAUGUUAAGUGAUGAAGAUAAGCCACGACUUCAAGAAGUCAUUGACAUGAUGGUAUGGGCUGAAAUCCCUAACGAAGAAAGAUAUCGAGAACUUAAUGAAAAAGAUUUGAAACAUAUGAUUCACGGUCCAUGUGGAGAUCCCUCAAUGAGAUAUCCUUGCACUGGGGAAGAUGGAAAAUGUUUAAAAGGUUUUCCAAAAGAAUUUCUUGAAGAAACUAAUGCUAAUGUGAAUGGAUAUCCUAUGUAUCAACGUAGAAAUUUUGAGAAAAAAUACAUCGUCAGAGGCAAAAAAAUUGACAAUCGAUGGGUGGUCCCAUAUUCACCAUAUUUAAUAAUGAAAUAUAAUCGACAUAUAAAUUUGGAAAUAUGUUCAUCAGUGAAGAGAGUAAAAUAUUUAUACAAAUAUAUUCAUAAAGGAUUUGACUGUGCUGCAAUUGAAGUACAAGCACGAGAUGGCACAAGAUUCAUUAGAAUAGAUGAAGUUAACUCAUUCCUGAAUGCAAGAUAUGUCAGUGCUCCAGAAGCAAUGUGGAGACUGAACGGAUAUGAUCUGUUCAUGAAGUCUCACACAGUCAUAAGACUGGCAGUUCAUUUGCCUAAUCGCCAAAUGGUUUAUUUUCGAGCGGGAAAUGAAGAGCAAGCUGCUCAAAGAGAGCUUAAUCGAAAUACUACGCUGACUGCAUGGUUAAAAUUAAAUCAAUCUGAUGAAAAUGCAGUGCAGUUUCUUUACACAGAUCCCAAUGAACACAGUAAUAUAGUAGCAAUGCAACGGCAAUGUAACCGAAUAUAA